AAACAGAGCUGCAUGAAUCUAGUAUAGUGGCAUUGCUCAUAUCAUGCUGUAUAACAGGGUGUCUACAGGUAUCAGAUAGUUAAAUGUAAUGCUUUUUAAGUCCCAUUCAAAACACAUUGUAACCUGUAACUUUAGGACAAAGGUAAGUGUUAUGUAGGAAUGUGGUUACUAGAGUGAGUUAAGUCAAUCUACAUUUUUCCAACAUUAAAAAUGUGGAUUUUUAUAUAGAAAGGCUCCACCCAUUUUGACAAAAAGAAAUUUAAAAGUGGACAAAUGAAAUUAGAUAAAAUGUUUGGAGUAGUUAAGACCCCUCAAAUUCAAAUUUAAGGCUAUUUAAUGGCUUUUAAGGCCUUAUUGUUGUAAGAAUUUAAGAUAUUUUAAGACUUUACAAGGACCUGUAGACACUCUAUAUAAAAAAUAAGAUUAUUUGUGUAUCUGUGUGAAACCCAGACAUGACGGUGACAUGUAGGAGAUUUGGAUGCAUGUAAAGAGGUGGGUGUGGUGUACUGAACCCCCUUCCUUCUCCACCCGAAGGACUCACACAUCUCUGGACCACAUCACUGAGCUGCUCCAGAGCCAUCCCUGCUGUCUUCAGGAGGGAAACGCGUCAAAGCACUGACCGCUGAAGAAGAGGCAAGAAGGAGGGAGAUAGUGAAGGAGAAGUUAAGGGAGAAGUUGGAGCUAGAAAAAAGAGCCCUGAAGAUAGUGGAGCGUCUCCUGGAGGACAGUGUGGCUGAGGACUUCCUGGUUGACUGUGCGAAGUUCAUUGUUUCUGCUAAUUAUAAAGAUGCUGUAGAGGAGAGAUCCAUUGCUAAAAUGUGUGGUUAUCCCAUCUGCUCAAAUAAACUGGGGAAGAUCCCAACUCAACAGUUUAGGAUUUGUACGAAGACCAAUAAGGUGUACGACAUCACAGAACGCAAGUGUUACUGUAGUAACUUCUGCUACAAAGCCUCCAAAGAGUUCGAGCUGCAAAUAUCGAAGACACCUCUGUGGCUCAGGCAGCAUGAGAGUCCUCCAGAAAUUAAACUGAUGAAGAAAGGAGAUGGCGGGAGUUCUGGUGAGGAGGUGCUGCUGUCGGAGAGACGUCUCCAAGAAGACGACAUCGAGAACCCACUGGCUGCUCACCCCGACGACCCCCACAGUUCUCAGCAGGGUCCUGCUGGAGGCGGCCACAGUGAAAGCAGCGACAUUGAACAAGAGCAGGACUUUGUCUCCAGCAUGGUCUCCCAGCAGCAGGGACCCAGGGUGCACUGGGGGGACCUGCCGAAACGUACAGACGAAGACAAGAAAGGUGAGCGAGGGAAGAUGGGGAGGCGAAAGAAACAGAGGAGAGAGGGAGGUGAAGAGGAGAUUGAGGGUCAAAGUCAGGGCGCAGAGAGGGGGGAGGAGUCACUUUCAUGUAAAACAGAAGCUGGAACUGAUGAUGAGAAACGGCUGCACUCAUUCAACACAGACAAACCUAAUGGAGAGCAGGUGACAGAGGAGAGAGGCCUGCCUGAUGCACCCAGUGUGGACGAGGCUGCAGCUCAGUUGAAUUUGUGCACUUUAUCUGAGACAGUUGCUCAAACUGCUCCCCCGCCUGUUGACUCAACAUCCACACAAGCAGAAAGCACAAUUCUACUCACUUCUCCACCAUGUGAAGACUCAAACAGCCCAACAGAAAGCAAACAUCUCCUUUCUUCAACCCUGAUCAACACGAAUCAGGACGACCACGACAUGGCACUGACCAACCAGCCAGGCCUCAGCAUCACCCAGGUGGGUAUGAGCAAGAGAGGGGCGGCAGGGCUACGAGAUCUGCUCAAGAAAAACACUGCUGAAACAAAACCCGCCUCCAUCCGGCUGAAUCUCCUCGAGUGCCUGAGAAGAACGUUAAAGGACUGGAGCACAGACGAGACCCUGAAGUUCCUGUACGGCGCUGACCAUUCUCUCGGCUCGCCUUACGCUGAUGUUAAAAAAGACAAAGAGGUGGAGGUGAAAGAGGAGGAGCUGGAUGAAGACGACCUUGAGGAUGAGGUGACCGAAGAGGAUGCAGAAGGCGUUGAUGCUGAGGUGCAGAAAAGACCAUCUGCCGCAGCUCCAGACUACAGGACACUGCGAACAGAGACCCAGCAGCUGGAGCUGAGAGUCAAGGAGUUUUAUAAGGGGACCUGGAUUGUACCUGAGGAGGUAGAGGAGCCGCAUGGAGACAAGGUGACAGUCCAGGACCAGAGCACGAAGGACCCAGCUCUGCCGCUCGUUGACUCUCAUGCUCAGCACCUCAUCCAGAAACGAAUCACAGUGGAGAAGCUCACCAGCUGUCUCAAAAACAUUGUCGGCCCUCUGUGUCUCGCCAUGACUGACAUCUCCACUGACCUGAACAACCUGGUCCGGACAUUCAGGUUCACCAACACAAACAUCAUCCACAAAACUCCAGAGUGGACCCUGAUAGCUGUCGUGCUUCUUCAUCUGUUGGCGGAGGUGUCUCCAGUUGUGCGAGAAGCGUUGGAGACGCGAGCAUCAGUGGAAUAUUUGAACACACUGAUGGAGGAGCUCGGUCUACAGGAGCAGGACCUUCUGAACUUAGUCCAGCUGUUUAAAACCCCAACACACUGACACACACACACACACAGAUGGACAUAUGAACAGUAAAUAUACAUAAAUAAAGAAACAUGCAGCUAUCCAGCAUUUUCUAUAACGUUUGUUUGCCACAAAUAAAAUUGGUUGCGAUAACUUUUAAA